GAGAAAGUGGCCUUAGUGAGUAAAUGUAGUCCGGUAGUUUUGAAACCUGCGGAUUAUGAGGUCUCCAAACUUCUGCACGUAUUUGCUAAAAGUAUGACGAACUGUAAACUGAGUGAGAAUGUAAUCUGUAAAUUUUGUGAAGGAUACUACGACUUUGGUAGUGAGCAGCCAGUGUGCUCAUCUUGUCAUGCUUUCAUUUAUGAGUUUAGUUUACCGCAAAUGACUGAAAAUCGUUUAUUUGAGGAAAAAGAAGCAUCCAAUGAUAGCGGAAAUGAAGAACCAGAUAAAGGAUCAGAUUUAUUUGCAGCUAACUGGAAUAAUUCCAAUUCGGAAGUUACUUCACAAGAUCAUGUGCUUGUCAAAUGUCGACCCUCAUGUACCCGAAUUUUUCCAGCUACAUGCCCCUUACAACAAUCUCAUAUUAUCCCAUCCUAUGCAAAUUACCCUGUAAUUGAUUAUCUAUCACCGGUUUCUAGUAAAAAAAUCAGAUCAUGUGGUUCAUGUAUGUCUCCGAGCCUUGAAGACCUUCCGACUGAAAUUUUGCUUCGUGUUUUCCUCAUGUUAGAUGACAUAUGUUUGUGGUCACUGCGUCAAGCGUCAUCCAGAUGUCGUGCAGUUAUUGAUAGUGAGAUAUCAGAACAGCAAUGGGAGUCUUAUGUAUCAUUUCGGUGGCCACUCUUUAAUCCUAAUUGCCGAGUGGAAAGCUGGAGGCUUCUUUACCUCAAUAUGAUGGAGAGUGUUACUUGUAGAUUUUGUUUAGAACGUUUACGCCUACCAGUUUUAUUCCCUAUCGAAGCGUCAAAAGUUCGAUAUAAACGAAUUAAACAUGAAUUUGAAAACCUUUGCGCUGACCCACCAUAUGGCAUAAAAAUUAUUACUUUAGACACUGAAACAUAUUCUCAUUUCCUGGCUGGUAUAGAAGGUCCACCACAGUCACCGUAUCAAGGUGGAUUUUUUCACGUCAUUAUUCUCGUUCCAGAUAGUUAUCCUUUUCGACCACCUGUAAUACGUUUUCUUACACGUAUAUUGCACCCGAAUAUCAGCUUUCAUGGUGACGUUGGUUUGGAUUCAAUCAGACAUAACUGGUGUUUGGCAUUAAGUUUAGAGAAGCUUUUAAUUAGUAUUUUAGCCCUUUUAACUGAUCCACAUACACGUGUUUGUAUGGAACCAGUAAUUGGUGCUUUGUACGAUUGGGAUAAGUAUCAGUUUGAAGAAUUAGCUAAAUUAUGGACUUGGAAAUUUGCAUGUCAUGAUUAUUUGUCAGCCGAUUUUGUAUCAGCAAUGGUUCUCCCAGAUUAUAUUGAACAAACUCACCAACGUCUUAAAUGUAAACAAAUAAGAUAACUGAAAAAUAUUUUCCAUACAUCAAUUACUUACACAUUAAACACUCUGUUGAUUCAUUACAAUACAGCAUUCAUUUUUGCAGUUGUAUCACAUGUUUUGUGCCCUACUUUGUUCUCUGUUUUUUGCUGUGUGCUGCUUAUAUUGUCCUUAUAUACAUAUAUAUGUAGCCAAUAGCACUUUGUUUGCUGGUUGAUAUACCAUUUCUGUAUAUUCACAUUGUAUACAUUCACUAAAUUGGUCAUCUCAUUAAACAAAAUCAAGGAUAAAGGUGAUAUUAUUUUUAUGUGAAUAAAUUAUACUCUUGUAAGUUUUGUUUUUCAUUUUUAUCAUAAAAUCUUUUAUAUUGAAUAAUAAGGUUGUUACACACAUAUAGUUUUCUUCCUGUAAUGACUUUAUCAUUUAAUAAAGUGGUUCAUUUUCUUUAAUCAAAGCUUUUUUUUAAUUAGUCAAAAAACUACUAACUACAACAAGUAAUUAAUUGUUUCGUUAUCAUUUGAACCAUGCAUAAAUUCCAUGUCCAAUCCGCUUUGGUUAUCAUCUAAAGUUUGUUCAAGUGUUCAAUCUUUGCAUGACAAGAAAUAUCUGUUCAUUCAUUCAUUCAUUUUAUUUUUUUUCCUAAUUUUCACAACAAAUCUUUAAGUUUGAAUAAGAAUUACGUUUCAUUAUUCUGUGCAUUUACAAAUUUUUCUUAGUUUUUGUUAUAUUGACUCAUGGCUUAUUCAUUCAAUCUUCAAUAUAUAAGCGCAAAACAUAUGGGGUAUUUUUUAUUGAAAGAAAAGACAUUUUCUUUUCGCCUGAUUUACGGCCUAUUUCAAUGAAACAUACAUACAUACACACACACACAGGCAUACAUUAGUGAUCCUAUUCUAUUUAUUAUAUCUUCUACAAGAUGUAUUGACAUAUAUUUUUUACAAAGAACAAAAACUUACUCCUCAUGUAUUAAUUACAUAAUGAAUUGUGCUAUUUUAUUAUUUCAUUCUGAUACAAUUUAACAUAAUCAUCAAUUGAUAUCGUGUUGUACACAAUUGCAAUCAAAUAUAUACAUAUAUAUAUAUUUUUAGCUUCGUAUUCAUCAUUCUACUCUUUUUUUUUUCAGUUUGUUUUCUUGAUUCAUCACAGUACACUUAUAUUUAUUUAUAUGAAUAUUUUUUUUUCAAUUUUGUUAAUACUAUUUUGAAUAACCAAAG